AUGGAUAACAAGCUUCAGGGCUCGCCGUACGAGUCCUCACCGGACAUGGAUUACUAUCACUAUCAGAUCAAUUACAUCCGCAACAGCCGUGCCAUCGGUGUGUUGUGGGCCGUAUUUACCAUGUGUUUUGCCAUCAUAAAUGUGGUGAUCUUCGUUCAGCCCCAAUGGUUGGGCGAUACGGAGACGUCUCCGGGCACCGGGUAUUUCGGUUUGUGGCGCUCGUGUCGACUCUUUCAGGACGGACAGGACCUCGUCUGCGAGGGACGGCUCGACGACUUCAGUACGAUAUCGACGCCGGCCUUCCGCGCGGCCACAGUCUUCGUCGGACUCUCUGUCGUCACAAUAAUGCUGUGUUUGAUAUCAAUGCUACUCUUCUUCUUCCUUCACUCCUCCACAAAAAUGUAA